AAUCGAAAGAGGAAUACACAGACUUGAUAGACCACCAAUGGCGCUCAGCUGUGCGCCUGUUCCUAGCAAGUCAAGUCCAUUUCCACCUUGGAUAUCAUCAGCCUGGAAGUCAAUAGAGAUAAAAUGCAUUGUGAAUAAAAGUAUACAGAGUACAACACCAGUUGCGGAUGUGGAGGAGAUAUGCAAAUACCAGUAUGCGCUAACGUGUCAAUUACAAGAUUUAAAGUCACGAUUAAUGAGAUAUGACUUAAACGUUAGUUAUGCACAAAAGCACAAUAAGCAAACGUGUUUAAUUACUGUUGAAACAUCCAAACAAAAGAACGAUCUCAAAUCAUUGUUUGCAGAUAUUUGUUUGAAUAACUUUCUGAAGAACUAUUCUAUUUUCAAGUUUAACCUUGAUUUGGGAGAAGCAGUAAAUGUAACCAGGACAGUGCAGCAACGAAAACCAGAAUUGAUUAGGAAUGGGAACGCCAUACUUUUUUCUAAUGGUAAUGAAAUUAUUUGUUUUGCCUCAAAUAAAGAACAUAUGCAUAACACGUUACGAGAAAUCGGAUACACAGACAUCCAACGUGUGGAAACAAACAUGUAUAAAGAAAAUUUGUUUUUACUGGGAAUAACUAUUCCUAACUUGUUCCCAAAUGUAAAAGUGGAAAUUGAGUCAGAUUAUCAUUUUUUAAAUUUCAUAUGGCAGGGUAAGGCUGACACUACGGCUCAAAAACUUAUAGAAAAGUUUCUUCAAAGAUGCUCUCGAUCAACGGUCAUAUUUGAUCGUAGCAGCGACGCAUGCAUGUUUAUUUUUGACGAGAACGGUAAUAAUAGCAAGUCAUUCAAUGAGUAUAUAAUAUCGAAAUGUAAAACGCUGCGAAUGAACGCGCCAAAAUUCCACUUUCGAAAGGAGAAUAAUGAAGUUAUAUUGUACACACAGCCUGCCAAUGAUCAAUUGCGAAUCAUCAUAGAAAAAUCUAUAUGUUUUUUCACUCCAGCUGCUCCAAUUUCACCAGAUUUACGAAGAUUUUCGCAACAAAAUAAAUGUAGGAUAUGGCUUGAUGAAUAUAAAAACAUUGUUGUAUGCACGGAUGAUUAUCGAAAAGACGUUAGUGAACUGUGUGAGAAAUGUGUUACUGGUAAAGUUAGUGAUGUUCUUAGUAGUGGGCAAUCAUUAAUGGUUGAUUUCUUUACCAAGCAAGGAAACGAAUGUAAACGACAAUGCAAGUCCAAGUUUAAUGUUGACAUACACGUUGAAAAUGGAGUAGUCGUUCUACGAGGUAAUUGUAAGAAUGAUGUCGCAAAUUGCAAAUCAUUUAUAAAAUCAUUGAUCAAAGACAUGCAUACAGCAGUAAAGUUUGAAGGCGAGUGGUUGGAAAGCUUGAACACUGAGUGUAAGUAUUUAGCUCCGGAUAACUCAUGUUCUUGGAGAGUGCACACACGCAACGAGAACAGUCGCGAUGAGGCGCGUGAGGUAGAGUGGCUGGACCCGUACGGUGCUUUGAAUAUCUGCAUUAAGGAAGGUGAUAUCGACCUAUCCACGGACCUGUUUGUAGACCUCGUCGAUGACAAACUGUUUUCGCUUUCGAAAGCAUGUAGCAAUACAGAUCAUCCACUGCGUAGCGUUUUUCCCCCGGCUUUUAAAAUUCCGAACCUAAACGACAUUUAUACGCACAAAGUGUGUGGCUCGUUUUCUAAUGGAAGAGUGCGAUACAAGGACAUUUGGGCCGUUGUGUUUGCAAAACAAAUCGACAACAACAUACUUGACACCAUUCGCAAUAGAGAAAUUAGGAUUGCGUUCACGCGCAUGUUUGGUUUUGCGCAGCAGCAGAAAUACAGAAGUAUUUACACCAAUGUUUGCUUAAGAGAUGGCAUCGGGAGCGAGGAAGAAGACCUAGUGCGGCAAAUGGUACUGGCAGGCUUUAUGCGCGUGCGAUCAUGUCUGCCAAACGAUCGGAAAAAGCUCAUUAUACACGUCGGCAAAAAUAAAACAGACGCGAUGAAGGCUAUAAUUGAUCGUGUGUAUGCAGAUGAAUUUCCACUACAAAAGGCGCUCCCAAAACAAAUGUCGCAAUCAAGCAUGCGUAAUUGUAAACUCCUGUGAUAAAAAGCUACAGUUUAAGGGCGGUUGUGCACUACAAAUCAGUGCCGCUGGUGGUAAACCACUUGAGGAUGAGUGUCGGAUUAAGUACCCUGAUGGCAUUAAACCUGGAUUUGUCGCUUUCACCGGAGCACAUGAAUUGGCAAAACAUGGAAUCCGCUUCAUUUUUCACAUUGCUCUAGACAAGUACAAAGGCAAUAUCAAGAUGAUAAAAGAUGCUGUUAUUAGCUGCUUGAAAUUGGCGGUGGAAUUGAAGUGUUUCACAAUAGCAUUUCCAGCUCUUGGUGUUGGUACUCUUGAAUAUCCUUGGCGUGAAACAGCUUUCGUUAUGUUUGAGACCGUGGAGGAAUUUUCAAAAAUCAACCCGGGGGGAAGCGUCAAAGACGUGAAAUUCAUUUGUCACACAAAUGAUACGCGUACUUACAGCGCUUUUGAAAAUGAAGCUUUCAGACGUAGCGAGAACGGCAAACAUAAACUUGGGCAUCCUAUUAACACAGCAGCCCUUUUCCAAUGCCUUAUUGGAAAGAAUGGUGGGACAGAAAUCCGGGUUCUUAAAAGUCCGGGAUAUUGUGCAUUUCCAGCAUAUGCAGUGGAAGUCAGAGAAAACGCAGGUCAAACGAAGUUGAAGACAAAUUGUAGCAAAUCGAACGCUUUAAAUCAAAUAAAAGAAGCUAGACACCAGCCAUGUUCAUGGAAUGAUAUUUUGUUGGGGCCUGUUGAUCUGCAACAAGUGUUUUAUACAAUAAUGAGUGAACGGAUUACACACCUGAUUUGGAAUUUAGAUAAUUCAUCAAUGGAAAAUAUUGGUAAGCAAAUAGAGACGAUUGUGCGAUCUAUGGACGCAAUGUGUGAUCGUUUUUCGAAUAAUUGUUUAAGAACAAUCGAUAUUGUAGUAGAUGGUGAUCGAGCCAACAGCCAUCGGGAUAUACUCACGAUCAACCCAGGGAUAUGUACGUUAGAGGUUAUAGCCGAGACCAAGGAAAAGCUUUCUCGUGUUCAAGAAAGGGUAACCAAACGAAUUCAUGAGCUCAGAGAAGAAAAGCUUGUUCGAUUCUUGAAAUCUUUUGAAAUGCUGUCACUUCCUGAUACUGACACAACAACAGACUCAUUUGAUGCACAAAUCCCUUCUUCGGGCAGUAUAAAUGGAUAUCAACAGCCAAUCACACCUUCAAAGACUGUCGCAACAGACGCGUCAACGAUUUACGACAAGACAGAUUCACUAAACUUAGUUCCCAAUAUUCCGAACAAUACGCAAUUAAUUACAGAGGGUAUCGCAGAUCCUACCAAACAACUUCAUUCUGAUUCAUCUCUGUUGGAUACAAAUUGUGCGACAUAUACACAUUCUGGGACAGAAAUAAGCAAGCAUAUUCAUAUGAUAGAGGUUUCGGCUGAAAUAAACAGUGGAAUCGUUCGCUUUUUGGCAGGCAGUCUUUCAAGUUGGAUACAAGAUAUGUACAGUAUUUUCUCUGUUGAAAUUAAACACCAUGAUGGGGACUGCGCUACCGUGUAUGGAUCGCUCGAUGCCAUUUCGAAAUUUGAAGAGUAUUUAAGUACGAAAUUUCCUAGAGGGCCAGAUGAGUUGGAUUUCAAGGAAAACCAUUUUGGAGAUACGACAAAAGUUAGAAAAGUCGUCUCUCAAUACCAAUAUGAGUUUAUUUGUAAGUUUGAUAUCAAACAUCCGGGAAAGUACACUUACGAACACGGUCACGUUGAAGUAAAUGUUAAAGAGCAAGAAGUGACCGAUCUGCAUUCAUGGAUAGAUACGAUUGUGACAGAAGUUUUACCGUUUGACAAUGAGACUGAUGCUAAUUUUGCACUAGAUAAACUGAAAAUGACUGAACAGCUUUUGUCGUUUAAAAAGUUUGAUACAAAAAUAAUAAUCACAGGAAUACUCUCAAAUGUUAAAACAGCAUUUGCAAGCUUUCUAAACAAGAAGUCAUUAAGCAUUAGUUUUGAAAGGGCGGCACUACGUAUCGAUCUGCAACUAGAUCAUGAUGAUAUACUGCAAACAAAGUCUGAUUUUGUUGUCGUAUCAUCAACUCCAAAAAUGCACAUGUCAAAGGGUGCCGCCAGACUUAUACAUGACAUGUUAAAUUUCGAUGAAGCCUUUAGGACCAGAUGUGAGGAAUCUAUAAAAGAAAAUAAAGAAGUACGAGUCGGUGAAUGCCGUGUAAUUGAAUCUGGACUGGGUAUAAGAAAAUGGAUCGGACACGUUUACGUUGCUAAAAGUACGUCACAUGCUGAUAUGCUUCAUCAUAUAGAAACAUCAAUUAAGAACAGUCUCCGGGAAGCGGAACUGAAAAACUGUCAAACAAUCGCAUUUACAUGCAUCGGAUCAGAUCUUGGGCAUGAUGGUUUGACUAUUCACCAGUGUGUAAAUUGUUAUGUGAGUGCAAUCACGUCGUUUACGCCUAAACACAAUAUGAAGAUUAUAUUUGUGGAAAACAACAAACCACGUUUUGAAGACAUGUGUGCAGCCUUCCGUCUAACGAUUCCCCAUGGAACUCCGGUUUAAAAUUAAAAGGCGUUUAAACAUAGACUAUAAUGGCAGAUC